AUGGGUGGUGACGAAGAAACUGUGGGUGAAGAGAGGCUCUUCUUGGAGUACAUGAGGGUGCUCUUUACCGACAUCGCUGUGCUACAGUCCUUCCUGAGCGAGAUUGGACCGGAGUUUAUUGUGUGUCAUGACUGGGACCGUUUGGGAGACAAGGAGCAGGCAUCAACAAUUGCUCACUUCAUCGCUCCGAACGAUGAAAUUGCCGGCUUGGUGGAGUCAUCGCUGGUUCAGACGGCCAGGAAAAAAUCGUCAAACACCAACCCGCUGCCGUUUGAGGACGCCGACGCCGUAGUUUCGCGCCUUCAGCGCAAGCUGGAUGCGUUUGAACCCCUCUACUGCGGCUGAUCUCGCUAUUUUAUGUCGCUGUCCCGGCGGUCCAUGGGGGUUUGUUGCAACAGUCGGCGCUAGGUUAGGUUUGUUUGCUCGACCUACUCACGAACGUGCUAGUAGUGGCUCCUAGCUUGUCCACGCAUGUCCGACGGAUUAAUAAAGGGCUUGGAAUGCCCACGGGAACGUUAGUGGUGAAACAGGGAGGCUUCAAACAUG